CGGCCCGCGCGGGUGCCGGUGGGCGCGAACCCACCAUGCAGCUGCAGUUCCGGAGCUGGAUGCUGGCUGCGCUCACGCUGCUCGUGGUCUUCCUCAUCUUCGCAGACAUCUCGGAGAUCGAAGAAGAAAUCGGGAAUUCUGGAGGCAGAGAUACAAUCAGAUCAGCUGUGAACAGCUUACAUAGCAAAUCUAAUAGAGCUGAAGUUGUAAUAAAUGGCUCCUCGUCGCCGGCUGUUGUUGACAGAAGUAAUGAAGGCUUUAAGCGCAACAUCCAACCAGCCUCGGCCAAAUGGAGACACAACCAAACGCUCUCUCUGAGGAUCAGGAAGCAAAUCUUAAAGUUCUUGGAUGCUGAAAAGGACAUUUCUGUCCUCAAGGGGACCCUGAAACCCGGAGAUAUUAUUCAUUACAUCUUCGACCGAGACAGCACAAUGAACGUGUCCCAGAACCUCUAUGAGCUCCUCCCCAGAACCUCUCCACUGAAGAACAAGCACUUCGGGACUUGUGCCAUCGUGGGCAACUCCGGGGUCUUGCUGAACAGCGGCUGCGGGCAGGAGAUUGACACACACAGCUUUGUCAUCAGGUGCAACCUGGCCCCAGUGCAGGAGUACGCCCGGGAUGUGGGGCUCAAGACAGACCUGGUGACCAUGAACCCCUCCGUCAUCCAGCGGGCCUUCGAGGACUUGGUCAACGCCACGUGGCGGGAGAAGCUGCUGCAGAGGCUGCACAGCCUCAACGGUAGCAUCCUGUGGAUCCCCGCCUUCAUGGCCAGGGGCGGCAAGGAGCGGGUCGAGUGGGUCAACGAGCUCAUCCUGAAGCACCGCGUCAACGUGCGUACUGCAUACCCCUCUCUGCGCUUGCUGCACGCCGUCCGCGGAUACUGGCUGACUAACAAAGUUCACAUCAAAAGACCCACCACGGGCCUCUUGAUGUACACCCUGGCCACGCGUUUCUGCAACCAGAUCUACCUCUAUGGCUUCUGGCCCUUUCCGCUAGAUCAGAACCAGAACCCGGUCAAGUACCACUAUUACGACAGCCUCAAGUACGGCUACACUUCCCAGGCCGGUCCCCAUACCAUGCCCUUGGAGUUCAAGGCCCUGAAGAGCCUGCACGAGCAGGGAGCUUUGAAACUGACUGUCGGCCAGUGCGACGGGGCCACGUAAGGUGAGCGCCCCGUGGGACUCAGUGGCUCACAUUUCCUGCCAGCUACACCACAGGCAGAUGGGAGUCGGGGUGGCGCAAACUCUAGAACAAGCAGGCUAGUGGUUUUCUUUGUUCAAGUGUAAAACAGUGACCAGAAUAUAUAUAUCUAUACCUGCAUAUAUAUAUUGACCUGAGUAUUUAUAACUGUGUGGUGUUCAUCUAGCAUUAGGCAGAUAAGCCACAGGAAGAAGGUGUGGAGAACCCACCUGGAUCAGAUUGAGACUCAGAGCAUCUUUGGUGGCAGAAGGACUUGACAGGAAGAGAAGUCAGUCCCAUGACUUUGGGGGACACACUGCCUCCCAAGUUGGAGGGAUCUCUGGGCUCAUGGAUGAUUGGAGAACCACUUGUUGGCAGCUGCCCCCAGCCUCUGAGAAAUGUGGAUUCUGGGUGAGCCAAGACCAGAGGGGACAACUUGACCCAAGUCUAAACUGGUGCUGUUCCCAGGAAGAGAGAGGUUGGGACAUUGAGCCCAGCCAAGGAGCACAAGGUCACCAAGGGGCAGAGGCCACGUCAGAGCUGAGGACUUGGUUCCAUGAACUUAAGAGUUGAACUGCCCGCAGCACGAACCACGGUUGACCCACCUGUCCCAGACCAGCCUCCAUAGCUCUGGAGAGAAGGCUGGAGAAGACACGGUGGACAGGUCCUAUUCUGGCUUUGCAAGAACCCCCAAGAACCUGGGACGGAGCAGGCAGAUGACACUAAAUUGCUAGGGUGUUCCAAACCGUGUUUUCGAAAAAUCGCAGCUUCCUAUUGAGAGUCAGCACUUCAGCCCCGAAUAAGGCAAAAGAGUGUCCGAAAUGUGGUGGUUGUUCUUUAAAGCCACUUGAGUGGUCAAGGAGGAAGGGACCCUGGGCUUUCAUCCUCAGGGUUAGCCUCCUUCCUGUUCUGUUAGAAUGUCACAGGAGGGACCGUGCUAUUCCCUUCUGCCUCCAGGGAAGCCGCCGCAAAAGCUUGAAAGGGCACCGCAAAGAUAAAUGUCAUCCCUUUAAAAUAUAUAUGAUUGCCUUUCUGGGUGCCUCGGGAGCCCCAGAGUGUGAGGUCUGGAAGAGUGUUAAGCGUCGAGCUCCAUUUCUCUACAGCCACUGUGUUUGCUUUCUGCAUCCUGCACUCCAGGGGGGGUGUCUCUGCAGCCAGACUGCUGUGUCAAUAUCACUUUCUUGUCGCUUUCCUACCCUGAUCCUCAGACUCUCCCGCACUGAGCUCCAACACUGAGGUUUUCAGCUCUGUGGGGAGAGGUUCCAAUGUCCAUCCCCACCUCCUUCUUUUCACAGAGAAUUUGGCAAAAUCCUUUUCCCCCCUAUUAAGAUUAAGAGUUAAGACUUUUUUUAAAACCCGAAGCCAAAUGUAGUAUCCAAAUACUGGACAUAAUCUCCCCAGGGAAACCUGGGCUUGAUGCUGAUAAUUUAGGGGCUGGAAUGACAUGUCACAUGUAGACAAGCAUUAGCCACCUUGAUCUGUUAGAUUCAUUCCCUUGCCUGAUAAAUAACAGUGUUUUAAAAUAUAUUUGAAAGAUAAGUAAAAAAACAUUACCUUGAAGGUGAAGGGGGUUAAGAAAAGGGAUCAAGAUCCGCUCCCAAGCAUAUGAGACGACAUAAUUAAUCAAUGGCAAUUCAAGCAGGACAUUUGCUCUAAAUUAAUGCCUGACGGGAAGCCAGUGGAGACAGUGGAAGGAUGCUCAGAACCUAUUAACCCUGCAUGCGGACACUCCAGCUCCAAACCAAGAUCACGAUACUACAUCUCUGUGUUUCUUCCCUUGUUGUUCUUCUUGUUGACGCUUGAAGUCUGAAAUUUGGUAUUUGCAUUAUAAAAUUAAUAUUUAAAAAAGCAACAGCCCUAACAGGCUCUAUGGGAACAGAGUGGUUUGGACUUCUCACAAGAAGUGGAAAUAAUUAGUAUCAUAUUUUACACUUCUCCAGGGCCUUUCAUCUUGAGGAUCUCAGAGGCCUUGGAAGACAUUUCAUUGUUGAAGCUGGCAGUGCCCUGGGGAACAGGCAAAAUUGCCAGUGGGGCCUCAGUGGAUUAGCUAAGGCCUCGGGUUCCAGAAGGAUCCAGUGGUGAGUGCAGAGAGGAACCCGAUGUCAGGUCUUGGAGUUGGCCCUGCGUUCCACUUACCUGCCAGUGCCCACCUGCAGGGGAGUAAAGGGGCCAGAGCUCUUUGGAAAACACGGUUUUCUUUCUGUCUCUUCUUGGUCUUGGUUCCUUAAACUGAAAUUGAUGGACUGGAAAGGGAAGGAACUCUUAAAACCUGCCUCUGGGUUCUCUCCAGAGAAGACUGGGGACCCAGGACAACCCACACAUCACCAUUCCCAACCUGCAGGUCCUGAACUGCCAAAACACUUUGGCCCUGUGAUGGCAUGAGUUCCAGAGACCUCGGCUUCCCCUCUGCCCUCGCCCUCUCCACCUGGGCACCAUGAUCAGGAGGCAGCCUGUCCUUUUCUCCUAUUUAGAGCUCAGUUUGCCCGAGGUUCCACUGCAGCCUCUGACGCAGCCCAGCUAGUCUGGGGCAGCCCCACGGAGUCCCGGCCUGUACCUGGUACCCGGUACCCUGAUCUGCUGCCUUGUAAUAACAGUGGCCACAGGCCUCUGGGAGCAGGUGGUCAGUCAGCCAACCUCCUUUUGACCAUCAGUCUAUCCCCAGUCACCCCAUCAUCACCCACCCUGAAGCCCCUCAGAUCUUCUCCAUUCGCCUCAAGCCCCCAGAUGACCCCCACCGUCAGCCUCCUCCUUCAGUGAAGAGGUGGAAUCAUCUGAAAUGCAGUCUCUCCUAAAAAUCCCUUGAUCUCUCCCCUCCCCUUUCACUUACUUCCUCCCACUUCUGAGGAAAUGACAUUCAGCCUCUCACCGGUCCUCAGCCACUCGGCCGCCUCUGUCCUCUCUUUCCACCAACAGGCACUCAUUCCACCCGUCCUGGCUCCUGUGGCUCGUCCCUUCACCACCAGACCUGGGGGUGGGGGGCUUUCUGGUGCUGGCACCGCCCUUCCUCUCGACCCCCUUGUGACCCCCAUGCUCCUGGGACCAGAGACUCAGCUGCCACGUCAAAAGCCCUUUCUCAUCACCAAGCUUUUUGCACUGCUUGGCUCUACACUGACUCCUCCUGAACGUUCCCUGUCCCCUUGGUGCCCAGGAAGCCACGUUCUCAUGACUCUUCUCUUUUUCCAAUGCCCCUUUGUUGUUUAUUUAUGUAUUUAUUUAUUUAUGUAUUUAUGAUUUAUUUAUUGACAUCCUUACCUUAAUCUAAAAAGUAGCUGAGGUAGAUCCGACCAUUAUUUCCCUCUCUCCUUCUUGCCCCACACUUAGACCUUCCCCACCUUGGCGUCCUCUCCUCGGCCCCCUUUCAUCACACCCCUGCACACUCAUCAGCAACCUCUCGCCUUCCUUUGGAGCCAUCCUACACUUCCUGCAGCCUAGCACCUCCCCUGAGCUCCAGGCUCGAUUGCACACUGCUCGUUGGUCAUUCACCCCAUCUGCUCCGGCAGCGCCAGAAACUCAACAUCUCUGAAGCCAAGUGUAUCAUCUCUGCCUCCCCUUCCUCUACAAUCUCUCUUUUUACUGUUAGAAGACCCAUGAUCCUCUCAACCACCCAAUUCUGAGACCCUAAGGUCAUCUUCAUUUCUUCUUCAUGCAUUCCCUUGCUACUCUUGCACUAUCCUUGCCUUCUGGUCUCUCAAUUUCAGCAGCAGUCUCCUCUCCCAGAUUUCCUCUGGGCACACUUGCAUGUUCACCAGUCCAUCCUAAACAUUCAUAGAGAUUUUUUUUUUAAUCUCCAGCCAUUCACAAACUUUUAAAAUAAUGUGCAAGUCUUCGUCCUGACAUUACAGACCAUCCAGUAAAGCCCCAUCCUUCCUUUACACCUUGUACCAGUCCAUCUAGAGUAGCCAUCAUUCCUGGAAGGGGUGCCCGGUUUUCCUGUCUCUGUGCCUUUGGCCUUGCUGUUCUCAUCCCCUGAAACUCUCUCUUCUGGUUCUUUCAAGGCCCAUGCAGAAACCACAUCUUUCAUGAAGCCCCCUCCCAAUCUACCAACCACUGGGAUCUCUCCCUCUGCUGAACCACCGUAGCACUUUAUUUGUACCUUUCUCAUGGCACUUACCAUAUUCUGCCUUGUAUUAUAGUUAUUGUGCACUUGUCUUAUGACUGUUCUUAGAUUGUAAGCUCGCCAAGGGCAGGGACCGUGUUUUAUUCAUCCAUGUCCAUCACAGCACUAGGGGUGGUGCAUAGCACACAGUAAUUGCUCAAUAAAUGUUUGUUGGAUUAAAUCCUCAAUGCCUAUCAAGGGUUGUAUAAUUAAGAAAGUCAUUUUGUGUCUUAUAGUGUCACAGGAACUUCCAAAGAAUCAUGUGAGUUGGGAAGAUGCAGAAAUCAUUAUCCCCAUUGUAUAAGUCAUAAGACUGAGGCAAAAACCACAUGAAGCCACAUAGCUCACCCAAAGAAUUUGC